CUUGCCUCCAAUCUGAAAGGCAUUUCAGAGGGAGCACUUAAUCCCUAAGCAUCUGGAGAGAUCUUGGCUGUUACCGUACUGGAUCCCAGGGGUAGGAUGGCAUCAGCCUUGGGGAGGAGAAGCUUCAGCUGCAAUGCCAGGGCUACUAUUCCCUACUUGGAGUGACUAAAAGUCUAUUUCUGACUGAUUGGACCAAAAUAAAGCCCCAAACACUUCUUAAUUUAUAUUACACUGAUGCCUGGCACCUGCACCUCCCAGUUCAGGGCCCAUUGUAAUAGGGGCUGUAUAUACACAUAGCAUGCCUUGAGAAGCUUUUACAGUAUUAGGAGACAUGAUGGAACAAGGGUGGGCAAAAGGAAAUGUGUAAUCAGUGGUCAACAGCUGCUUGUUACUCAUUGGUGUAGAGUUAGGCAAAAUCAAAUUUCCUCAUAAGCAAACGUCAUGGCUUGCUGGUCUUGCCUCUUGGCCUUUGACUCAUUCAGGCCCAACACCAAAAGGUGGCUUUAUCUUGCUGGGUUCUGAAGAGGCCAAGAAGGUCUGGUGGGAUCUCUAGGGCUAUAGGAGAAUAAACCAAAACAUUAGCAAAAUCAGGUAAGUUCCCUUCAUCUUCAUUAUGACUGGGGAAAGCAAGAACAAAAUUUUCCAAAUGCAGCUCCGUUUGGCUACGUGAGGAAAGGAGAGUGAUUUCUUAACCAAGGUGUCUUGAGAUCCUUUGAAGGGUAUAGUAAACUUGGAGGAGAUAAGAGAGGUGUGAGGAAGUGAACAGAUAAGCACAGGUCCAGGCUCUCCCUGCCUGGAUGCUUUUGCACCACCAUAGUUUGGGCCUUUCCAAGGAGGUAAAUGCUGCAAUAACUGAGUGAGGUUUUUAAAACCGGGUACUGCUUAAUUCACAAUAGUUAUGGAGGGGGCUUAAGUUAGGAGGAGUGCCUUGAGUCUGAAAAGGUUGAGAACCAGCGCACUAUGCCAAUGGCCAAAUUGUGCCUUCGGUGAUGCUUACAUCGCCCCACUGGCUUUGGGCACCAGUCAGAGUAGACCAUGGGCCAAAAUUAGUGGGGAAAAGCUGGAGAAGAGGGAAGACCUUUCUUCUGGAGCCUUCAAGAAGAAACAAGUACAAAGGAAAUCUACAGUCAAUGCAGGCUACUUAAACAUUUGCGUUGUAUCCCUUUGAACCAAGCACGGUGUUUGGCUCGCUGGAUGAUUAAUGUCUGCUGUAAAAGCAUCAGAGUUACUUUCAAUAAGAUGACAUUCACAUCUACCCUAUGUCUGGCUGCAGGAAAUGCCUAUUAAUGUCUGACUAGUCUGAAUUCCUAUCCAGGGCCCGGGCCAGAGUCCAUCCAGAUCAAUAGAAGGGUUCACAUGGAUGGCAAUGAGCUAUAAGGAAGGUUUGAAGAGGACAAGAGAGUCCUUUGUAGGAGAUGCUCAGAGACUGAAAUGUCCUGGGAGCUUGGGUCUUUCCUUUCACUUACCCAGUGUCAACCAGGCAUAACUCCAAAUCGAUGGCAUAUGGAAAGCACCUUUAGGGCUAUUAAGGGCUUUUAAUAAUAUUCGCUGUCAACCAGGUACGUUCCAGUUCAUUGCAGUUAUUGCACAAGGCAGUGUUGCCUGUUGGGUAGAGAAAACCGCAAGCUGAGAGGUCCUUUUGUACACACAGCCUCACCAUACCUCAUUCUCUCCAUAUCUAUAUAUCAUUUGCAGGUAAUAAUACUCAUGCAGUUCAGAGAGGCCUAGGAAAAAAAGCACAUAGGGUGAGCACAGUCUCACAAGGACAGGGGAGGGGGGGGGGAAAUAAGACAGCUGAAUGGAAUGCAGUGAAGCUCAAUUUUCCCUCAUUGCCAUAUCCUGAUUGUAUCAAGAAUUACAGGCUAAUAACUAGUAAUUUCACGUGAGUUAAAACAUCAACACCGGCCCAUCCCCACUAAUUAGGAAGGGCCCCCAUUUCUACUUCCUGAAGGACUGGCAUGUUUACCUGCCAUCCAGGUGAAACGCGUGAUUAAAUUUCCCCAGGGCUGAGGAAACCAUGACUCAUGUUCUCUUCCUCCUUGGUCCCAGCUGGAGGCAGGGAUAUUGUAGUCAACCUUGAUAAGAAGAGUCCCCCAUGUCCUUUGGUAGUGGCUGUGUGCCAUUCUGGGAAUAGCUGAGGGUCAUUCAGAAAGGGUCCCCUGCAUGUAAUAGGGUUGUGCUGGGAAGAGGAGAGCUCAUGUCAGGGUGAGGUUUCCUAAAUUGGUGUCUAACGGGUUAAGAUGAGACUGCCUGAGCUUAGCCACCCGCUUCCAGCCCUGCAUACACCCAUGUGCCUUGGUGUGUCAGGUUGCCAACCUGAGCCCGUGAGACAUUUUUUAGGUGAAUAUCUGGGAAUUCCUCUCAGUUCUGCCACCAAAAAUCUCCCCUUUCCCUUUUUAGCAGAAUCCAGGAAAACCCCGAAUCUGCUCUUUUGGGGGUUUAGGACAGGGGUGUGGAAUGUCCUCGGCGUGUUGUAGAGAAGUAGCCUCAGUGGUCUGUGUCCGUGGCAAUGGGAAGCUUUAUGCAUAGGGAGAUGCCAGAUUGAAAAGGCCUCCUCUUCACCUAGAUGCGUUGAGUCAAUGGCAGUAAGAAAGUUGGGGGUCUCUUGAAGGCAGUCGUGGUGUCACUUGGGGCUCCUGAGUGAUGAAGGGAUCAGAAUUGGAAGAAAAAUGAUUGUUGGUGCCAGUCUCUUGUCAUAUUUAUCAACGCUGGCUGGUGCAGGUGAGAGGAAACCCCCCGUGUCUGCAAACGCACCUGCUGCAUGUUGGGAACACACUCACCCUGGCCUGCACCACUGAGCUAAAACCGGAAGUGGAUGCCGUCCACUUCAUUCAAAAUAGCCGUGGGCUUUGGGUUUCAAGCAAGCUGCCAAAGCAGCUCUUCUCCAGGCUGAUGGGUGCAUAGCAUGAAACGCAGAUGUCUGUGGUGUGAGCCGCAAGCUUCUUGCUAGGACUUGCCUUGGCCUCGACCUGUCCUGUCUUUGCUAAUACAAGUGGUUGCAGGGGCAUCCGGCCUGGCCCCCUGGCAGCAUUCCUCCCAUGGUGGAAAAGGAGUAACCACCCCAGCACUUCUUUCAUGCAGCCCGUUGCAUGUGGGCACUUGGAAGUAGGUGGUCUCCAGCCACCGUCCACAUCUACUCUUGGAUGAAAUGGGGGGUUGUAGCUGGUUUUCUGUACUGUGGCUGCUUCUGUGUUCAUGCCUCAUCAGCAUCAUCCAGGUGGACAGGAAAUGUUCCUGUAUCCACGUGGCGCUGGCAUUGUAGAAGCUCCCGAUACCCUGAAGGCGUUUCCAUCUCGGAGCGCCUCUGUAGCACUUGCUCUUUUCAAAUGCAGUUAACUCAGUCUGACAGCAUCAGGCCUUGCCGGGCUGAGGCCAGGUUUGGAGCAGGGAAGUCGUUAGUGUUGGGGUAUUAUUUUAUUGAGCUAAGCUCCAUCACGUGGGUUUCUGAGCAUUUUUCAGUUACUAACUUCAUGUGGAAGAUGCUGGACUCCAGCCUGACAGACGUGAUGCCUGCUCCUAGGAGCACUGCAAUCAAGCUAAUUAGCGCAGGACCCUCCGCGACACAUGAUCAGCACCUGCCAAGAUCACUGCGAUCAGAUUGCUUCCUUGCCUCCGCUUCGCAUCUCUAGAGCUGCAAGACACAACCACUGUGACAAGAGCAGCAAAUGAAAGCACUUGUCAUUUCGGCGGCUAACGGUGCUGAAAGAAAACCAGGCAUCAUACAAAGCUCUCAUCCAGCAAACUUGUGAUACGGUGUUUCAAAAAGGCAGCGAGGGAGGAAAUCGGAAGGACAAGACAAAUAGCAGAGGAGGAUACUAGGAAUUAAUGAAAUGGCUGGCACAUCAUUUUGCUUGCACAACACUUGAUAUCUCCUUAGUCCCUCAGCGUGGAGCAGUGGCCAUCCUCUACUUCUGUGGGUUGUGCAGAGGGAGAUAGGGGGCUAGGAAGGGAUCUACGUGAGCAUGAGGGGGCUGCGCUCUUUUGUACCAUCAAGGACUGCUCUAAAAAGGGAAGCAAGGCUGAUCAGCUCUCGGGACUCCUAGCUGGUCUCCCUAAUGCGGGGUGCGGCCCUGCCAGGCCGUGGUCCCCUUAUGCCACACUUCGGCAUGACCCGAGCAGAUCUUUCUGACGAGGGCGGUGAGGCUCAUCUGGGAGAGAUGACAAGUCUCUGCAAGCAGCGGUCCCUCUUGGCCCAAGAUCUGCUUGAGAGCAAAGGGCGAGCAGAGCAAGGAGAGGGCCUCUCCCAGGACCCAGUGCUGCAUUGCGAGCUGAGCAGGCCUGUUGGCGCAGGGCCAGGCUUUUGGGGAGGGGGUCAGCAGCCCCUGGCACAGAAGGGCUGGAGGGCACGGUGCCUCUUGGUGCCCCGGUUGCGUCUCAGCUGCCUGGGGCUGGCGGUGAGCCACCUCCCCGGGACAGGGACAGGGACAGGGACGUGCAGCAGUCCUGGAACUCGCCUCUCCCGGCGCCCAGAGGCUGUGUUGCUAGAGACGGAGGGGUUUCCAUGGAGACGGGUAGCGCCAGCCUGCCUGCUUGCCUGCGCUGGGCAGGAUGCAACCGUCGCUGCAGGCCCUGAAGAAGGAGGCUCGACUUGCCCGCAAGGUCCCGUCCAUCAUCUCUGUGUCUGACACCAUCAGCAAGGGGAGCAAGAAGGACCCGCGCACCAAAACCCCUCCGGAUAAGAAGAAGGCCAGAACAUUUGAUCAGCCUUCCCCACCGAUCCAAGAGGAGCCUGAGCCUGUCAUCUCUGUCCUGCAAGGAGAUGAAAUCCAGGCUCUGGCAAUUAAGGUGGAAGACCUGGAGAAGCUCCACACUCCCCAGCAUCCCCAAGCAGAGGAGAAGACUCCUAUUACUAAAACAUUCCUCAUUCGAAGACAUCGGCCUGAAGAAGUUGGGAAGAAAACCCAUCUCCUUGUAGCUUAUCCUGCUGAUGCUGAAGAGUCCAAGAAACCACUGACUUAUUCUGGGCCAGGAGGACAGUUUGCUGGUAGCUGUGAACAGAUUCUUCCGCACAGCAUCUUAGGAAGUCUUCAGGAGUUCAAGAAAGAAGCCUUGGCUAGGGGAGAUGUUCAGGUAGCUGAACUGAUUGAUGAUUCCCACCUAGAUGUUACAAUGGCAGCUUUAGAGAAGUACAGAGAGAAACAAGGGGGAGGGAAGAGGAAAAAGUUUGACUGGACUCCACCGUCACAGCAUAAGGCUCUCCAGAACUGGCAUCGCAAUAUGGCCCUCAGGAAGAAGCAGCAGAAAUCUCUGUGUAUGCUGCUUCAGAAACCAGCGGAUGAGCUGCUGAUGAAUCUCUCAGACGAUUUCAGAAGAGUCCAGGAAGAGCGUUCCCUCAUUGACCGCUGCCUCCCUGCUCUCCAUCCUGGGAAGGGCUACCGCGUAGGAAGUGAGUUCUGGAACCAGUCCACGUAUAUCGGAGAUGAGCUCACUGGCCUGACCCUGACGUUGACCCAGAAGGAACGUGGCUACCCAGAGCCAGUUACUCACAUCGGGAAACCUCGGACUAUCUGGAUGGAGACAGGUUCCCAGCCACCAAAGGAGCCCCCGUUCCGUCUCACCUGGGACAAAAGUCUUUUCCUGAAGCAUCGAAGACAGGAGCUCAAAUCUCUCCUGGAAGAGCUGGAUUUUAAUCAGCCGGACCUAGAUGGACUGGAAGUGAUUGGUAAAGGGGAGCCUUUCACUUCUGUCUCAGCACAGCCUUUCCCACCCAGUGAGAAAGAUAAAGAGGUUGCCUCUGAAAAGCCGGAGAGUCCCAGAGACCCCUUAGAAGAUUAUCCAGAUGUGGUUCCAGAACCCGUGUUCGGUCCGUCUUUGAAUUUCUGUGGACAGCCCGCUCGCUGGAUCAGCGGCAGCACCUCUCACAAAGAUGAAGUUGGCAUUGCUGCCCGGCUCACCUUUGAAGUUCUGGCAGGAGAGAAGGUUGAAUCCUACCUGACCAUGAGCAAUGAUGGCACAGCUGCCAUCUGGUAUGAUUGGCGGAGACUGCCCCAGAAGGUCAUCUUCGAAGAAACCAAGAUGAAAGGGAUACCACGUUUCUACUUCAACACCAGACCGGGUGUGAUUCUGCCUGGGGAAACUAGACACUUUUCCUUCUUCUUCAAGUCAGAGAAAGCAGGGGUCUUCAGUGAGUCUUGGGAGUUUGGCACGUGCCCUGAAUUAUUAGGAGGGGCUCUGCUGAAGGUAUCCCUGUGGGGUAUUGCUGUGUACCAGGACAAACUGGCUGGCCUAAGGGAGGAAGUGAAGGCUGAUCUGGCCAAGCGAGAAAUGGCCCUUAUCGUGGAGGAGAACCUGAAAGAGCUGCUUGAUCGAAUUCGGACGCCAGAGCAAAUCCCAUCUCCAGUGAACACUUACCUCACCGAAGAAGAUUUGUUCCACAGGAAGAAUCCAGGGCUGCACUAUCAACACCAAGUGGUGAAGGACCUCCAAGCGCUGUGGAGUCAAUCCACAAGUGUUCCCCCACCGUCGGAGGAGGACGAAAUCUCUCAGCAGAAGAGCGCCAUGCAGGAGCUGUCCAGCCAGAAGGAAAUCUCGGGUUGUCAGAGCACCCUGAAGGUUACUCGCCGGAAGAGUGUUAUUGAGGAGCUCACCCAUCAGCCAGCUCCCGUGGCAGAUGAGGAACCGACCCAGUCCAACUGGAACUUUUCCUUCAAGGAUUUUAAGCAGGCUAUCCAGUCAAUCCCUACAGAGGACCAGCGAGAAGCGGCCCUGGCACAACUCAAUAAGGCAGCAUUGGAGCUUUGUAUGGAACAGAAGCCAGCUCAGUCAGAUCUCCUCUACCAAAUGUGUCUUCAGCUGUGGCGCGAAGCAAUUGAUGGUCUGGUGAGCCACUCUCUGAUGCUGAGAUCGCUGCUGGGCAUGCCCGAGAAGGACCCUUAUGUAGAAAUCGUUCCAGAGGAAACAGUGGACUCAAAGCAAAUUGUAAAAGGAGGAAAGGAGGAGCGGAAAAUCUAUUUGAAAGACGAGAAGAAGACAGCUGGUGGGAAGGAAAAAGAGGAGAAAAAAGGAACAGCCAAGUUAACAGGAAAAGAUAAAGAGGAGAGGCCAAACAGCAGGAAAUUAAAAGGGGAUAAAAGAUUAAAAACUUCCAGUUUUGUACGGGAGGUGAAAGAACUGAUCUUACCAGUGGACACUGUUGAUUCAGAGCACGCACUACCUCGCCAGGAACAAGUGGACCCCACCGUACUUGAGAAAUACCAUGAAAAGCUUUAUGUUGGAGUGUACAGCCUACUAGGUUCAAUGGUGAGCACCAUGGCUUCUCUAAUGGAGGAGCUACCAAAAAAAGGAUGCCUGGAAGCAGGAGAUUGACACAUUUUCUUUCUAAAAAAACAUUACUGAUGUUCUCUUUAAAGGAAUAAAUGUCCAUGUUUAUACUGA